AUGGAGCACAUUUUGGCUAAACCCAUGUUUGCGCUCACUAGCAGACCUAUACAUGAGCAAGGUGGUGCAGCUGCACCUCCCCUUGUCGGAAAAUCCUUUGGGGUGACCGGAAUUUGCCCUUUUGAUGGAGGCAAACGAGUCGGGAUUGUCGGAUUGGGAAACAUUGGCUUAGAAGUUGCCGAAAGACUUGAGGCCUUUGGCUGCAACAUAUUGUACAACUCAAGGACUGAAAAGCCAUUCUUUUCGUACCCUUUCUAUUCUGAUAUCUGUGAACUUGCUGCUAACAGUGACGCCCUUGUCAUUUGUUGUGCAUUGACUGCUGAAACCCACCACAUGAUCAAGAAAGUCUUGUUUGCUCUGGGAAGAGAUGGCGUGAUUGUAAACAUAGGACGCGGUCACGCGGAGCUAUAA